UUUGAGCCUAACCCUCCUUCAUCAUCAAGCCAAGUCUCAAGGUAGUCUCUCUCUCUCUCUCUCUCUCUCUCUCUCUCACUGUCUUUCUCAAUCAAUUUUCAUCUCUGCUGCUACAACGGCUAAGCGUGGUUUGAUUCUCGCUUAAUUUCGUCUUCUCCUUUCAUCGAUUACUUCCUCCUGUAACUAAAUUAGCGCCGAUCGUUGAAUUUCGUCGUUUCUUUUAUAUAAUCAAAGCAUCCGAUCGUUGAUCUGUGGUGUAGAUCGGUUGACUUCUUCUCUAAAGGGCUUCAGAGAAUGAGUCAGAAGGGAUUGAUAUACAGCUUUGUUGCCAAAGGAACAGUCGUACUAGCCGAGCAUACUCCUUAUUCUGGAAACUUUAGCACCAUUGCUGUUCAAUGUCUUCAGAAGCUUCCCACUAAUUCCAGCAAGUAUACUUACUCUUGCGAUGGCCAUACCUUCAAUUUCCUCGUUGACAAUGGUUUUGUGUUUCUUGUGGUUGCUGAUGAGUCCACCGGAAGAAGUGUUCCUUAUGUGUUUCUUGAGCGUGUUAAGGAAGAUUUCAAGAAACGGUAUGGGGCGAGUAUAAAGAUUGAUGAGCCACACCCUCUUGCCGAUGAUGACGAAGACGAUGAUUUGUUUGGUGAUCGGUUUAGCAUUGCGUACAAUCUUGACAGAGAAUUUGGGCCAAUACUCAAGGAGCAGAUGCAGUAUUGCAUGAGCCAUCCUGAAGAGAUGAGCAAACUUUCAAAGUUGAAGGCCCAAAUAACUGAUGUCAAGGGCAUUAUGAUGGACAACAUAGAGAAGGUUCUGGAUAGAGGAGAGAAGAUAGAGCUUCUGGUUGACAAAAGCGAGAACCUACAGUUCCAAGCAGAUAGCUUCCAGAGACAAGGGAGGCAGCUAAGAAGGAAGAUGUGGAUACAGAGCCUGCAGAUGAAGCUGAUGGUGGGAGGUGCUAUUCUCUCCUUUAUUCUCAUCGUUUGGGUUGUUGCUUGUGGGGGUUUCAAAUGUUCGUCAUGAUGUUUGGUUUCGUUUGUAUCUGUUUGAUCAUCAUUCAUCACCUUAUUUACGCACGUAAUACACAUGCUCAUGUUUGUAAAUGUUGGAACUUGUAAUAACAUAUCAUCAUCAUUAUUGCCACAAGCUAUCUUUAAUGUUAA